AUGGAUGAGAUGAAGGUAAAAGACAGAGCAUGCUGUGUGCUGGGGAAGGAGCUGUGUGUUCAGGCUGGACACACUCAGAGGCUCCAGCUGCAGAAGGAGGCUGUGGAUGAGCAGCUAGCCCAGAUCAGAAGCAGGGAGGUUGGGGCAGGAGGACACCUCCACAGCCCCAAACGAGACGCUCCUUACCCCAGUGGUGCAGGAGACACCUCAGAGAGCCUCGAACAGCAGUUAGAUGAGAAGGACGCGCGGCGCUUCCAGCUGAAGAUCGCUGAGCUGAGUGCCGUCAUCCGCAAACUGGAGGACCGUAACGCCCUCUUGUCAGAGGAAAGAAAUGAACUGCUGAAGCGCCUAAGAGAGGCAGAGAGCCAGUUUAUGCCCCUGCUGGAUAAGAACAAGAGGCUGAGCAGGAAGAAUGAGGAGCUGGCCCACGCAUUCAGACGCAUGGAGAACAAACUACGCUUCAUUACAGAGGAGAACAUGGAAAUGAGAGAGAAGGUAGCCACCAAAAGACGUCCCAGCUCUCUAAACGACCUUGAUCAGAGUCAGGAGGAGAGAGAGAUCGAGUUCCUCAGACUGCAGGUUCUGGAACAGCACAAUAUUAUUGACGACCUGUCAAAGGCUCUGGAGACAGCUGGAUACGUGAAGAGUGUGAUUGAAAGAGAUAUGCUGCUGAGGUACAGACGGCAGGGCAGCAUAGGGAGGAAGAAGGCCAUCAGGCCGUGUAAACCGGUGGUAGAGACGUUCUUUGGUUACGAUGAAGAGGCUUCUAUAGACUCCGACGGUUCCUCCAUCUCCUUCCACACAGACAGGACACCGUGCUCACCAGACGAUGACCCGGGGGAGGGUAUGAUCAGGGAGGAGACAGAGAUGAGGUUUCAUCAGUUGACCAUGGAGUACCAGGCUCUUCAGAGAGCCUAUGCACUUCUACAGGAGCAGGUGGGGGGCACGUUUGAUGCAGAGAAGGAAGUCAAGACAAGAGAACAGUUGCAAGCAGAGCUUAUUCUCUACCAAACCAGAAUACAGGACCUGGAGUGUGUUCUGUCCCAGCAAGGACAGGAUAUGAAGUGGAUCGAGGAGAAACAAGCCCUAUAUCAAAGAAAUCAAGAACUUAUAGAGAAGAUCAAGCACGUGGAAACAGAGGAGUCACGUUUAAAAGACGAAUUUCAGGACGCCAGAGACCAAAAUGAACUCCUGGAGUUCCGGAUCCUUGAACUUGAAGAGAGGGAGAGGAGAUCUCCAGGAAUCAACUUCCACAACAUCCACUUCUGUGAAGGCAUCAGUCCACUGCAGGUGUACUGUGAGGCCGAGGGAGUCACAGACAUUAUCAUCACAGAGCUAAUGAAAAAGCUAGAUAUACUGGGGGAUAAUGCCAACCUAUCCAACGAGGAGCAGGUGGUGGCCAUUCACGCCAGGACCGUCUUAACGCUAGCAGAGAGGUGGCUUGAGAAUAUAGAGGUCACCAAAACAGCUUUAGCACAGAAAAGGAUGGACAUUGAAAGUGAGAAGCAUGUGUUCAGUAAACAGAAAGGCUAUCUGGAUGAGGAGUUGGACUACAGGAAACAGUCCAUGGCUCAGGCUCACAAGAGGAUCUUGGAGCUAGAGGCAAUGCUGUUUGAUGCCCUGCAACAGGAUGCGGGGGCCAAGAUGUCAGAGAUGCUGUCGGACGACGAGAGGGAGACACUGCGUCGGGCGGUGGAGCAGUGGAAGAGAGGAGUCAUGAUGGAGCUCAGAGAGAGGGACUCACAGAUCCUCAGGGAGAGAAUGGACAUGCUACAGCACUCACAGCAGAGAAUCAAAGAGCUGGAGGAAUGGAUAGCAGCUCAGAAAAGACAGAUAAAGGAACUAGAAGAAAAGUUUUUAUUUUUAUUUUUGUUUUUUUCUUUAGCCUUCAUUCUUUGGUCAUAGUUCUCCAGGGAAGCCAGAGCAAUUCACAGGUUUCCAGAUUGUCUUGUACAUUGUGUUCAAGAGGACAGGAUUUGGAAUCCAAGAUGGCUCCCAGAAGACUUCUUCACACGAGAAACCAGUCAACUAUGCUGCAACACUGACUUUAGAUAGAAUUCUAUCACCAUG